AUAAUACAAUAUUGCUACAAUACUAAAAUGUAUAAAUAAAUAUUUACAUGGCCGGGAUAAAAAAAAGACAACAGUAGUCUUAUCACUAUGCCAGAACUAUGCCAAGACUAAGCUAAGAUCCAGUAGUAAAAAUAUUCUAAAAGAUCCUGCAAUGCGAACGAUUUUAGAGCAGAUGCAGGAGAAUCCUCAAGCAGCUCAAGAAAAAAAUGCAACAAUGAAGACUUUUGCAAUGAAUAGCUUAACCCGAAUAAGAGAUUAACAGUCACGCUUCACUAAGUUAAACGCGGUAACUUAGUUACAGUAAUCGCGGUAAGUCUUAAAAAAUGAGUUUUAAUUUACAAUCAAGAUUUAGAUGUCUUGCGCAGUGUUUGAAGAUGCUGAUUCAUCUUUUGGCGAGGGUAUUCCCAUACCUCAUAAAAAUCUAUCAAAUCAUCAACGACGUCAGCCAAUUAAAGGUUACCAGAGUAAUGUGCUUCAAAUAAAAAGUGGAAGCUCGUUUCAAAAUGAAAAAAGAAAUAAAAAGCAAAUUUCUAGCGUAGCUCAAUGUGACAACUUUUUGGAACGCUGUUCAAAAGAAACUUCACGAACGAUUGAAAGAAAAGGUUCAAUUUCUUGUGCGACUAAAGAUUUAGACCUCAGCAAAUGCGAAAUUGAAUUAUUGAGAAGAAAGAAAAAAGAAAAUAAACAUAACGAAGUCGAGAGCGAUAAUGAAAAUUUUUAUUUAAAAUCAAAUUGUUUCGUAAAUAAAAAAGUUAGAAAAGUUACCCAAAAAUAUGGAGACGAGUUUGGAAAACUUGAAAAGGAUAUUGGAAUAAAAUCUAUUAAUAAUAAAGAAACUUCAAAAUCUCUUGAGAUUUGUUCGAGUAUUGAUAACCAUAAUACUAAAAAGUUUAGAGACAAAAAGCAAGAAGCAAUUCACCCAAAACCAAUUUUACCAAUGCCAUUUUUAAAUAUAAGCGAGGAUAACUUAUCAAAUAAUUUAAAUCAAUUACCUAAUGGAAAUAAAAAUCAAUUAUCUAGUGUAAAUAAAAAAGAAAGAAACAGUAAAAUUUCAAAAAAGGAAUUAACAACUGAACAUGGAGUUACUGGAAAUGAAUUAUCGAAGAAUAAUAAAGAAAUAAAGUAUAAAACAAUCAAUCUUAAAACCGAACAAUCGUCUUAUGUAAUUUCCCAAAACAAGUUUAACAAAAACUCCCCAGAAACAGAUUCAUUAGUAAGUCAAGUUACACCUGUUAACCAAGAUAAUCCAUUUCCUAAUCCUCUGGAAAACAAAGCAAAAAUAAAGAAAGAUUCACAAAACAAAAUUCAGUUUCGAGAAAAAAAAGUGACUGAAAUUGCAUCGGAGCCAAACAUAUCUUCGAAUAAAAAUAACGGCGAAAGUCAAAGUGAAAUACUAAGGUUGCAGCAAAAAAUGAGUAAGCUUCAAAAUAAAAUUGCCUCAAUGCAAAAGAAAGUUAUUCGACUUCAAGGAAGUCUAAAGCAACAAUAAAAAACAACAAUAUUUGGUAAUGUGUGCGUAUAAUAAAAAACAACAAUAUUUGGUAAUGUGUGCGUAAUACGUAUAAGCAACCCCUCCCCCCUCACUCACACACACACGAACACACACAUAUAAUGGAUUUUAGUAAAAUAACUAA